AUGACGAGCACGCCGUCUCGCCGACCCAGUCUCGGAAUGUUGCUUCGUCGGUCCAAAAGCGGCGAGCUCGGCAAGAAGGCUCAGGCCCAGAAGGAAGCCGAGCUCGAGCGGGAGCGCAAAAAGGCCGCCGUGCCCAAGCUGCCAGAGUUCAGCAGCUCCGACCACGUCUCCAAGACGGCCGCCGUGCCCGACGUCCAAUCUCCCGAACCUGCCUAUAGCCUGUCUCCCAGUCCCAUCAAGGGCUUCGCCAACCGCCCCUCGGCCGAUGCCCCUCGCAACUAUGCCCGGCCCGGCCUUCCGCCGCCGCCUCCCAUCCCCUUCGAUCCCUACGCGCGGACGGCCAGCAUGACGCACCGAGGCCGCGAGAGCUACGCGAGCACCGCCAUGGCCGCCCCCAACAGUCCUCGGAGGGUUCGCAGGCGAAAGGACCCGACUCCCUUCAACGUCCUCGUCGUCGGAACCCACGGCGUGGGCAAGACGUGCUUCAUCGAGUUCCUCAAGAAGGCGCUCGCCCUGCCGGCCCACAAGCGUCCCAUGAGGAGGUCCGCCGAGGAGCAGCUCCUCGUGCCCGCCCCCGCCAGCGGCCACUUCGUCCCCCACUACGUCGAGACGGAGAUGGACGGCGAGCGCGUCGGCCUGACCGUGUGGGACUCCAACGGGCUCGAGACGAACCUCGUCGACCUGCAGCUGCGAGAGACGAUCAACUUCAUCGAGAGCAAGUUCGAAGACACCUUUGCCGAGGAGAUGAAGGUUGUUCGUUCGCCCAACGUCCAGGACACCCACAUCCAUGCCGUCUUCCUCCUUCUCGAUCCCUUCCAUCUCGACCGCAACAUCGUCUCGGCCCGAAAGGCCCUCGGCGAGACCAACGGCGAGUACCUCGGCCCCGGUCGUCGUCUCGUCGGCGCCCUGAACGAGGACCUCGAUCUCCAGACCCUCCGAGCCCUCCACGGCAAGACGACCGUCGUCCCCGUCAUCGCCAAGGCCGACACCGUGACGACCAAGCACAUGGACGUGCUCAAAAGGUCCGUCUGGGACAGCAUCAAGAAGGCCGGCCUCGACCCGCUCGAGCCGCUCGGCCUAGACGAGACCGCCGACGGCAGCUUUGGUCGCAUCGACGAGGAGGACUACGACUCGGCCGUCGAGGAUAGCGACGAGGACGCGGCUUCGCAGUCGACGUACACGGACAAGAACCGCUUAUCCCGCGUGUCCGUCUACAGGAACCAGGAAACGGCCGCGAAACCCUUCCUUCCGCUGUCCAUCAUCAGCCCCGACCUGUACGAACCUGGCGUCACCGGCCGCCAGUUCUCCUGGGGCUUUGCCGACCCCUACAACGAGGAGCACUGCGAUUUCCAGACCCUCAAGGACGCCGUCUUCAGCGACUGGCGCGUCGAGCUGCGCGAGGCAAGCCGGGAGCAAUGGUACGAGGCUUGGAGGUCCAGCAGGCUGAAAGUGAGAGGCGAGCCCAGCAGCAAAUGA